UGAGACUUAAGUUUCUCUUGAAUUUCUUAAGUUUCUCUGGAGGCUUUUAGUCAUCUCUAAAAUGAAGGGAUUGGAUUUAAUAAUGGUUAGUGUCCCCUUUCCCAAAUUUUGUGAUCUGAGGUAUAUUUUGAGACACAGGGUUGGAUAAUUUUUAUCUUUGUUUUUCCAAUGUUUAUGGUGUAUGUCUAGCAUUUGACUGCAAAUGUUUUUGUGUGAUCAGUUCCUGUACUCAUAUAAAUUGUGCUCUAAAAUUUAGUACUUCAUUGAACAGAAUAAAUACAGCUUUUAGCAUCUGCUUCUCUUUUGACUAAUGAGUUAUAGAAAAGUCUCCCUCAUUAUAUGAUAAAUAUACAUAUGUGAGCAUAGCAUAGACCUUGGCUUAUUCCAAAACUGAGCUGCUCCCUUCAGCUAUUUUUAGCAAAGGACUUCGGAGCUUGGCCAUAUUAGUCCUAGAAGCCACAGAGAAGGACCCUUCUGGUUGGCUUUCAGGACUUAUCUGACUGCUGAGGGAAGCCCUUUUGAAAGCUUCUUACCAUACCUCCUCCCCAGCACCUACACUGGACAUUCGAGCUUCUGUUCAGCCUGGCCUCAUCAUUUCUUAUCCUUAAAAGCUAACCGCAAUGAGUAUGGGCUGACUCUCUCUGUUUCCUUACCUCCAAGUUUGUGGACUUUUUUUUUUUUUAGCCGUGGGAACUUCAUAGAUAGACCUAUAUUUGGAUUGAUGCAAGGCCCUCUUUCAACUUUUUUCAUUUCUGAACUUGUUAUUUCUUGAGCAUGUCUAAGUCUAAACCUAUGUAGAUUUCUACAGUUUACAGCUGGAGAGAACCAUCGAGUUCAUACUUACCCCUUCAUUUUACAAAUAAUGAAAUCAGGACUUAAAGAAUUGGUGAUGAUUUUUCCAAGGUCACUUUUUACAAGUGAAGAAGUCCUGUACAUGCACUCAGUUUGAAGAUCAGGACAGGAAAAGCAGGGUCUGAGAAGACUGUGAAGACUGCUGAGAGACACUUGCAAUCCAGUCACAUAAGCAUAAUACAGAAAUAUUAGUCCUCAUGGAAGAAGAGCAAGAUUUACCAGAGCAACCAGUGAAAAAAGCCAAGAUGCAAGAGUCAGGAGAGCAAACUUUAAGUCAAGUAAGCAACCCUGAAGUCAGUGAUCAGAAACCUGAAACUUCAAGCCUUGCAUCAAACCUUACCAUGUCAGAGGAAAUUAUGACAUGCACCGAUUACAUCCCUCGCGCAUCCAAUGAUUAUACCUCACAAAUGUAUUCUGCAAAACCUUAUGCACAUAUCCUCUCAGUUCCUGUUUCGGAAACUGCUUACCCUGGACAGACUCAGUACCAGACGCUACAGCAGUCUCAACCCUAUGCUGUCUACCCUCAGGCAACCCAAACAUAUGGACUACCUCCUUUUGGUGCAUUGUGGCCAGGUAUGAAAUCUGAAAGUGGUUUAAUUCAGACUCCAUCUCCAAGUCAACACAGUGUUCUUACCUGCACUACAGGGUUAACCACAAGCCAGCCAAGCCCAGCACAUUAUUCUUAUCCCAUUCAAGCUUCAAGCACAAAUGCCAGCCUGAUAUCCACUUCAUCUACAAUUGCCAAUAUUCCAACAGCAGCAGUUUCCAGCAUCUCAAACCAGGACUAUCCCACCUAUACUAUCCUUGGUCAGAGUCAGUACCAGGCCUGCUACCCCAGUUCCAGCUUUGGAGUCACAGGCCAGACUAACAGCGAUGCUGAGAGUACCACAUUAGCAGCAGCCACAUACCAGACGGAGAAGCCUAGUGUCAUGGUACCUGCGCCUGCAGCACAGAGACUUUCCUCUGGAGACCCUUCUACAAGCCCAUCUUUGUCCCAGACUACACCAAGUAAAGAUGCUGAUGACCAGUCCAGGAAAAACAUGACCGGCAAGAACCGGGGCAAGAGGAAAGCUGAUGCCAGUUCUUCCCAGGACAGUGAAUUGGAACGAGUAUUUCUGUGGGACUUGGAUGAAACCAUCAUCAUCUUCCACUCCCUUCUUACUGGAUCCUAUGCCCAGAAGUAUGGAAAGGACCCAACAGUAGUGAUUGGCUCAGGUUUAACAAUGGAAGAAAUGAUUUUUGAAGUGGCUGAUACACAUCUAUUUUUCAAUGACUUAGAGGAGUGUGACCAGGUGCACGUGGAAGACGUGGCUUCUGAUGACAACGGUCAAGACUUGAGCAACUACAGUUUCUCAACAGAUGGUUUCAGUGGCUCAGGAGGCAGUGGCAGCCAUGGUUCCUCCGUGGGUGUCCAGGGAGGUGUGGACUGGAUGAGGAAACUGGCUUUCCGCUACCGAAAAGUGAGAGAAAUCUAUGAUAAGCACAAAAGCAACGUGGGUGGCCUCCUCAGUCCCCAGAGAAAGGAAGCACUGCAAAGACUAAGAGCAGAAAUUGAAGUUUUAACAGAUUCCUGGUUAGGAACUGCAUUAAAGUCCUUACUUCUCAUCCAGUCCAGAAAAAAUUGUGUGAAUGUUCUGAUCACUACAACCCAGCUGGUUCCAGCUCUGGCCAAGGUUCUCCUAUAUGGGCUAGGAGAAAUAUUCCCCAUUGAAAACAUCUAUAGUGCUACCAAGAUUGGUAAGGAGAGCUGCUUUGAGAGAAUUGUGUCAAGGUUUGGUAAGAAAGUCACAUACGUAGUGAUUGGAGAUGGACGAGAUGAAGAAAUUGCAGCCAAACAGCACAACAUGCCUUUCUGGAGAAUCACAAACCAUGGAGACCUAGUGUCCCUCCACCAGGCUUUGGAGCUUGAUUUUCUCUAAGAACUGGAAUGAAGAGCCUUCCCCAUGAGCUCCUUUUCACUCCUGAAGGGAGCUAGAGACCGGAACCAACUGGGAAAUCUCUCUCUCUCUUUCUGCGUGGAAUGCUGGCGAGAACACAGUCAGAACCAACAGCCGCAAGGGACGAAGCUUAUUUUUGCUAAGAGUAAACAGCAGCCCGUGUUCAUCCUUGUACAGAAGCAGGAGACAUUUGGAUUGAGAGAGAACAAUUGACUCACCACAGCUACAGUGCUUUUAAUUCUUCUGGUUUUUGUUUUGUUUUAUUUUGUUUCAAAAAAUGAAGAAAAAGAAAAGGAAAAUCUCGGGGCAGAGUUGCACUCGUAGUCCAUGACCAGAUUGAGAACUGCUAUUAACUUGUGGUGAUAGGAUGAACGUGGCAGACUUUUAUAAUAACAUCUCUUGCAGUCUUUAUAAUCUCCUUAGCUGUAGAACAUAUUCCCAGUGAAUGUAUAUGUUAUUUUUAUAGGCAAGGGUCUGGUCUCUGAAGCAGGUUUUCCCUCCUUUCUUUUUCUAGCAAGAAAGGGGUAUGUAAAGUUUCCUUGGAAAAUAGUAAUUAAAAUAUCUAAAAUACCUCUCUGUGACAGUAGCACCUCUUUAGCUGCUCCAGCGGUCUGCUCUCUAGGAUGGUUUUCUUCCAUUCUUCCAUCUCCUAGUUUGCGGAACUGUGGGGCACUGGACACUGAUUAACUUUAGACUUUGAUAUUUCCCAUCUUGGAAGCCUCAGUCCCCUUUCCAGUUGCUCUUCCCCUUUUACCAAAUGGCACAACCCUGGAAACUCCUCCUCUUAGACAGUAAAUUCUAAGCAUUCAGCUUGACUCUUUCAUUCAAAGACUGUGUCCCAGGGGGCUUACCUCCAAACUGGAGAGAAGGGACUAAGGCUUCUUACGAAUUUCUGCUUCUUUGGCUCUUGAAACAAGAUUUCACCUUUUCCUCCUGCGGAUGCUCACCCCUACAGCCUUCUCAUCCUUCUUAGUCAUCAGUGCUGGGCUUUUGCCCCUUUCCUGCCCUCUGUACCUCACAUCACCUCCAUACAGCUCUGGCCAAACCCUGGGCUUUGGACCCAAGAAUUUAAAUCAAGUCUAAGAACAGGCGUAUAACUACAUUUUGGCCAAAACUACCAAAGUGUUUGACUUCCUUUGAAGCCUUUAAGGCCUAUGAAGGGUAUUCUGGGCAUAUAUUUACCCAGAUCUCUGUCUGAAACUGAAGAGGAGAUUGUUGUGAUCAAAAUCCAAUUUUCCCAUGGAACACUCUUCCCACUUUUCAAAUUCCAAUCUAAAAUGGGAAACUAAAGGGCCAGAAAGACUUUCCUGAUUUAAAUGAGAGUGCUGGCUCCCCUACUCCAUGCCUGAAAACUUAAUCCUGGGCCAAAUGCAGGAUCUCUCUCAGCCUGACUUCUGAGAAGAUUGGCAGGUGCCAGGCACUAGUCCCAGCCUUACAGCCCAGCUAUGUUUGUGGAUGCUCCAUCCUUCCAAGACCUACCUGGGCGUCUGCUUGAGCAGGAUAAAAUUCCUUAGAGCUGAGGAAGUUCAGCCUCUCCCAGGCUGCACAGAGAGAGGUGAUUAUAUAGGCACCUCAGAGAAAUGCAGUCUGGGUCUUCAGUAGGAGGCAUCACUUGACCAGCCCCAGCUAUAAUUGCUUGUCCCCAGAGAUUUUGCAUAUCCAUUUCCAGAGAUGUUGCAGCACAGAGGCCAAACUCCUUCCAACGCCAGGUCACCCAGAUAGCAGCAGAGAAAGGCUGGUAUACACAUUCCUUCAGACCUGAUUGAGAAAGUGCUUCAUGACUCACAAUUUUAGGGAAGAGGUUUGUGGGGAGGAGCUGAAGUCAGUGCUCAUUACUUAGCCGCCUUUUUGGCCUCGUUUCCAUUGAUGGGGUGGGGGAGGGGACGGGGUUAUGUAGUCAGAUGCCAACCUUCCCUGGUCUGUGUUCAGCAUAGUUGCCCAGUUGCUGCUCUGCCUUGCUUGAUAAUUGAUCUUAGAAAGCUCUAGGAUGGGUCUUUUCUUCUAGGCCCCAAGCCCUCUCGGUGCUGGCAGUAUAGCUGUUGGUUUCUUGCCCUGGAUGUAAGUGACCCUGUUGGUGCUGUGCUUCAGGCUUGUGAGGCUGUGGAGUGGUACCCCCAUCGUGCACACAGGUCCACACACAAACACUUCUCUCUCCCUGCCCUUUGGGAGAAGCUCUUUAUUCCCAGAAUAUGACUUGGACUCUUUUUCUCAAAAUGGCCUUUUUCCCUCCUGCCCCGAGUGCCCAGCUUAAGUCUUUGCAAAAGGAACUUGAAAUUGGCUAAGAGAGGUGAGGAAGCUUUCUGAGCAGAGCAGCCUCUGCUCUUUUCUGGUUGUUGCUGCCCUCGUUUAGAGGGCAGACAGAAAAUGGGAGCUUCCUGGCUCCUCUUUCUAAAAUGAAUUGUCCAGAGAACAUAGUGCUCUUCUUUGAUCCUAUUUUCCUCCCCAGCACAAAGAUCUGGAAAGGAAAAUAAGUGGGUAGCACCGAGAGCUCUUGGAAGCUGAGAGCCAAAGGAUACUGUGCAUCCUUUCAUCAAGGGGGCAGGUCUCUUUACUAGAAAGAGUUCCUAAUUAGCCACAUGAUGAAUCUUUCCCCCAGCUGGGCACUGUGGGUUCCAUAAGAUGGGUCUGCACAUUUCAUGGUGAGAGCUGUCUCUAGCAGAGGAUCUGGAAUUGUCAGGUGUGUCCUGGAUUUAAGAGGUGACUUGACUUUCGAAUGUAAAAUUGACUGUGCCUUAGCAUCACCCUGUCCAGUGCCCCUGGGGCAGCUGGUGGUGUCCAGGAGAAUGAAUGCCUGCUCCAGAUUUAGAUGCCUAUUUGGGCUUUUAUUUGGUUUGGGGUGUUCCUGUCUUCUGCUCUGCAAGUUGUGGGGCAAAGCUAGUGUCCCAGGAGACCUCUGCCACAGCUUGUUCGCAGUUUACACAAACUCAGCUUUAAAGCUCCCAGUGAAUCUGAUUGGUGAACUCCACCUGCACCAUAUGGAGCUUCUAGAUAUGAAUACCUUGAAUGGGUGUCAGUGCCACUGAACCACAGGGAAGAGGAAUAUAGGGGCAGAGCCACAUUCUUCCUUUUCCUGAGAGCAAUGGUCUAAGACAAAGGGUGAUCAGCUUGGGGGCUUCCUCUCCUUGCUCCUGCAGAAAGGGGCAGUUAGGGCCCCUCUUAAGCAAGCUUCUGUUUUUUUACCACUAAAUUGAUUUUCAUCCAAAAGUUGGAACUCCCCAGAUAUUCAUCCUACAGAAGCCAAAUCUGAAUUCUGAGAUUCUAAAAUAUUUUAAACCACAAGAGAAAAUCUAGUUCUGUCCCAUCCCGCAUCAGCAGGCCCUCUGUCCCUGCCUCUCCUCUUGUCAGACAGCUCUAGCAAGCGAGGCUCCUUGGCUGCUUCCUAAUGCACUGACAGGAGCCAUCCCAUUAAGGACGACUUCUACUCAAAACAUGACCCUCUGGACUUCAGAUGCCUCAUGUAGCAAGAAAAGGCAUUAUUGGUUGGAUAUAUUUAUGUGACUGCGGGCAUUCGUGGCUGUAGACUCCUUGACCAUAAUGUUAUAUGUAAUGGGAACUAUCUUAUAAACUUGAAAAAAUAAAAUUUUUAUUUUCUAUA